AUGUCUACCAAAACGAAUAAUUGCGUGAGUCAAUACAUUUUAUUAUCAUAAAAUAUUAUAUUAUUACAUUUUCCUUAUAUCUUAUCUAUUCAGGUUAACCACAAAAAUGACUGCAAUGCGGAAGACAACAUAAAUGCUAAUCUAGAAUGUUGUCUAAGAGAACAGGAUAUGAAAGAGUAUAUGCUGAACGAAGUAAUUUUAGAAAAAGAAGAGCUGAAAAACCAACUAAAUAAUGCUUCUAAAUUUGUGAAUGAUAUGUUGGAAAAAAACAAAGUGCUAGUUAAAGAGCUCCAUCAAAACUAUAAUAAUUUAUUUAAUAAAUAUCGUAUGAAAACCAAAGAUUUGGAUGAUAGUAAAAACAAUAACGAAUGUUUAAAUGUCAAAAUUGGGGGUUUGAUGAAAAAUAACGAAUCACUCAAAUGCCAUUUAAAGGAACGGGAUGCAGGAAACAAAUAUUUGGAAGAAAAAAUAUGCAAAUUGGAAAAAUGCUUGAAUGAAGAAAAACAAACUACAGCGUGUUUAAAAGAUCAAAAUCAAAAUCAAUUAAGGUGUUUGGAACAAAAAUCUGAAGAACUCACUAAAGUAACACAAAAAUUAAAUGAAAAAACUGACGAGCUCAAUAAGGAAAAAGAAGUCACCCGUAAAUUAAUACCGAAGUUAGAUGAUUGUAUGCGAAGAAUAGACAAAUUGAAAUUACAAGAAUUACAACAAAUUAAAAACCUAGAUAUGCUGAAAACUGAAGUAGAAAUAGAACAAAACCGCAAUAAGGAAUGUAAUCAACUCGUAUGUGUACAAAAAAAUAAUAUACAAGAGCUAAAGGAAGGACUAGAUAAAUGUAAUAGAAAAAUUGCAAUGUUAAAUCAGGCGAUGGAAAAAGAAAAACUUCAAGCCGACAGUUUUAUCGGAAAAUUACGAAAAGAAAAAUGUAACAUUGAAAAAGAAAGAGGAAAUUUAGAAAAGGAAGUCAAAGAACGUAAGAAAGAAUUGGAAAAAUUGGAGAGCGAAAAAGAGCAUUUGAAAACAAGUACGAAGGAACUAAAAUGCAAAUUAGACACAGUGAUUAAAAAUAGUGACGAAAAAGAAAAACUGUCGAUGGAAAAAUUCGAAAAAAUCCAAACCGAGACGAACAAUUUAAAAACCGAUUUAAACGUAAAAUGUCAGCUUGUCGUAGAAUUAGAAGAUAAAUUGUCGGAAACGAAAAAAAUGCAUAAAUGUGAAGCAGAAAAGGCUCAUAAUUUGAAAAUACAAUUAGACAACUUGAAACACAAACAAAACAUUAUGAAAUCGUCGUCGAACAAAUGCAGUGGAAAGAGUCCGGCGACCGAUGAUAGUAACAGUAAUUUGAUGAUUAGUCGUGUCAAUGACGUUUUGGUCAAUUCGAAAUUAGACUGCGAACGUAUAACGUCGUCCGCCAAGUCGCCAAGUAUGAUGGAUUCUAGCAUGGACGAUUUCGAGGACAAGAAUCAAGUAUUUGAAAAGUUGAUUUCAAAAUGUAAUUCACUCGUAAAUUAUUUUAGCAAAUAA